AUGGGUGCUAUUAGGAACGUGGCUAUACUAGUAUUGGUCAUCUCUUUCUUUACUUUUGUUGCUUUCUUCGGACGGCUCCCAGCUCUCAGGAAUACGCCUAUCGGGGCACUGCAUAGACUGAUAUGGCUUCAUAUUCCAGCAACCCUUCGAGCUUGGGACCAAAGAGUAACACAGGGUCGUCUGAGUGCCUGGGUCAUGCGGCAAGCGCAUAUCCUAUGGAACGAUAGGCACCCAAUAGUUAUGGGCACCAGUGCCCAUUUUUCCCUCUUCAUUCCUGAGUCUUCGUUUUCUAGUGGUUCCGCAGCUCUUCCGAUUUUCUUCAUCCUUCUUCUAUUGGUCUCCGAGAUCAUGUUCCUACCUCCUGCAUGGCAUAUGCUUAGUGGUUCUAGAAAGAUAACAGGCCUGAUUCUCCUCUCGCUUCCAUACAUCUUCCUGUAUACCUCAGCUGCACGAGAUCCUGGAUACAUCGGGUCAGACAAUCAUGCCCAGGCAAUGACCCUAUAUCCUUACGACUUCACAAUCUUCCACCCUGGCCAAAAAUGCUACACCUGCAAUAUACUCAAGCCAGCUCGCUCAAAGCACUGCAGCAUUUGUAAGCGUUGCAUUUCGAAGCUUGACCAUCAUUGCAUUUUUAUCAAUAACUGUGUCGGUUACAACAACCAGAACCACUUUCUCCUUCUUCUCUUUACAACUGGAGUAUUGACGGCGUACGCGACGUAUGUCGGUUUCUCGAUCCUCUCCGAUGAAGCCCGAAAGGAGAUUCCGUCAUGGACUUUCCGAGGCCAGGGGCUUACCUGGUUCCAGUUCUGGUAUGUCUGGGCAUGGGUGCUUCAAGAAUAUACUCGUAUCGGAGCUGUCACUCUUCUGUGUCUCUUGACCACCCCUUUGAUUUUUGGACUCCUCGGAUAUCACGUGUAUCUUAUUUGGGCCGGGACCACCACCAACGAGUCAAUGAAGUGGUCAGACUGGGAAGCUGAGAUGGCCGACGGUUUUGCGUUUAAGUGCUUAUUACCCGCAGACCGCGAAAAAGAUGAGAGAAUUGAGCCAGCAUGGACACGCUGGCCAGUCGAGAGCCAGCAACUAGUUUCACGGACGGCAGAUGGUCAGCCUCCUAGAGGGCCGGGAGGUAUUGGCGCUGGGGAGUGGGAGCGGGUCUGGAGGCUGGCUGAUGUAGAGAAUCUGUAUGACCUGGGGUUCUGGGACAACUUGGCGGAUGUUUUCUUCCCGACAAAGUGGUUUCGAGCUCGCAAUGAGGACAAUACGCGAGAGACCGGAAGCCGCUCUUUCUCGGCCGCUGAGACUGAUGCUCUUGUGCAGCAACAGAUCAGGCUGGGUGCGACUGCCUAG